AUGUCUACGCUACCUCAGGACUUGGAGAAAAAAGGCAGCGCUGGGUUUGUGUACCGCGAUGAGUCGUUAGGCGACGCCCAGAUUUCAGUAACCACUAUUGACAAAGAAGCCAUUGGUGAGGAUGGGAAACAAGAGGGCACACGGUUGAAAAAAGAAUUAGACGCCCGCCAUGUCUCGAUGAUUGCCAUUGGUGGCUCUUUAGGUACCGGUCUGUUGAUCGGUACAGGUGGGUCACUAGCAGCCGCCGGACCCGUGUCUAUUUUAAUUUCAUAUUCGUUCGUCGGUCUUCUCGUAUACACCGUGAUGAGCUGUCUUGGAGAAAUGGCAGCCUUCAUUCCAUUGGAUGGGUUCACCUCGUAUGCCUCGCGCUACGUUGACCCAGCUCUAGGUUUUGCCGUCGGUUACUCGUACCUGUUCAAAUAUUUUAUCGUGACGCCCAACCAGUUGACAGCGGGAGCCCUGGUAAUGCAGUACUGGGUGAGCAGAGACAAAGUCAACCCAGGUAUUUGGAUCACCAUCUUUCUAGUGCUCAUAAUCGUUAUCAACACCGUAGGUGUCAGAUUUUUUGGAGAAUUCGAAUUUUGGCUCUCGAGUAUUAAAGUGGUGGUUAUGCUUGCUCUCAUCAUUUUACUAUUUGUCAUUAUGUUGGGUGGUGCUCCAAAUCACGACCGUACAGGUUUCAGAUACUGGAAAAACCCUGGUGCUUUCAAGCCAUACACGGGUAUCCCUGGCGACAAGGGUAAGUUUGUGUCGUUUGCAUCGGUCUUUGCCCUAGCUCUAUUUGCUUACACCGGUACCGAAUUAUGUGGUAUUGUAGCAGCUGAAGCCAGAAACCCAAGAAGAAGUGUCCCAAGGGCUAUCAAGUUGACCUUGUAUCGUAUCGUUGUCUUCUAUGUGAUUUCCAUUUUCCUCUUGGGGAUGACAGUGGCCUACAACGAUCCACUACUAUUGAAAGCAAAGACAAUGUCUACGUCUGCAGCUGCAUCUCCUUUUGUGGUAGCAAUUGUCAAUGCCCAGAUUCCAGUAUUGCCUCACAUUUUCAAUGCUUGUGUCUUGUUAUUUGUUUUCAGUGCAUGCAAUUCGGAUUUGUACGUUGCCUCUAGAACGCUAUAUGGUUUGGCAAUCGACCGCAAGGCACCACAAAUUUUCGCCAAGACCAACAGAUGGGGUGUUCCAUACUACUCUUUGCUACUUUCCGUUUUGUUCUGUUUGCUGGCAUACAUGAACGUUUCCUCUUCGUCUGGUCAAGUUUUCAACUACUUCGUCAAUGUGGUGUCCAUUUUUGGUCUAUUGAGUUGGAUCUCGAUCUUGAUCACUUACAUUAGAUUCGAAAAAGCGGUUAGAGUUCAAUUCGGCGACAAAUCGAGCUUGUCAUACACAGCAGCCAUGCAGCCUUGGUCUGCCUAUGUGUGUCUCGGAUUUUGUAUUUUGAUCGGUUUGAUCAAAAACUAUACCGUCUUCCUAGGUCACAAAUUCGACUAUAAGACUUUCAUUUCCGGUUACAUUGGGAUUCCAGUAUUUUUAAUUUGUUACGUUGGCUACAAGGUGAUUAAACGCACGAAGUUGAUCAAACCCGAGGAAGUUGACCUUUACACUUUCAAGGCUGCGAUUGAUGCCGAAGAAGAAGAGGGUAAAAUUGUGGACGAAGAGCGUAAACAAAGAUUGAAGAACGGGAGGUACACUCUCGAAUGGUUUUAUGAUAGGUGUUUGGGAUGGGUCUUUUGA